AUGCCUCUCGCAAAGGAUCUCCUUCAUCCGUCUCCAGAAGAGGAAAAGAGGAAACGCAAGAAAAAGCUCCUGAUGCAGAGCCCCAAUUCCUACUUUAUGGAUGUGAAGUGCCCAGGAUGCUAUAGAAUCACCACGGUCUUUAGCCAUGCACAGAUGGUAGUCCUGUGUGUCGGCUGCUCCACUGUCCUCUGUCAGCCUACAGGCCGGAAAGCAAGGCUGACUUCAGGAGGAACAUUUGCUUCUAUAACAACUAACACCGGCUCUUAG